AUGUCGUCCGAACCUUCCAAAGCAGAGGGCACCUCCGAACCACUCGACCCUUCCAAAGUCGGGGCCACGGCGGAACAGGACCCUCUUGAAGACCGCCCUCCCGGUUAUUCAGUUGACAUAAAUCCUCCGAAUUACGAAGUGAACGAAAUUUGCGAUCGACAGCCUGAUGCCACGGAAGAAGAAUGGAGACUUGGUUCCCCGUUGCAUGGAGAAGCCCCUUGCCCGGAAGACUGGCCAACCAGACCACAAGCCAACCUGGUCUUUUGCAUGACGCCACUAGGUUUCCUAUCGCUGGUACGGGAAUGGUUCAAGACUGUCCCCGAACGAGAUUGGGUCGCAGAAAUACAGAUCAAUGCGAAGAACAUCCCGGGUCUCAUGCGAGAUGGUUUCCACUGGUCAUCGGCUAAUAUCGUGCCCGGGCGUGGUUCCAUUCUACUUGACAUGCGGGAUCACCUCAAAGAGAUUGGUCUCGGACCUACAAACUGCAAGCAUAUGCGAACAUACAAGCUGAAGGGGAACGAAAAUACCGACAUUGAAUGGAGAGGUACACUGACUGUGUACGCUAUGAGGUCUUUUACUGUUACCAAUUUCGACCUCAACUGGUUGACCCAAGACAAGAUCAUAUUCGUCACAGCUUUCGACUGGAACUCGAAGCCAGUCUAUGCAUAUGAACGGUAUCGAGCGAGCAAGAACUUUAACGUGGUGUAUGAAGGCAUGCCUUUGGAAGGCUGGUGGCCCUGGCCCAAGGCUGCACCACCUUCACAAGGAAAUCAUUCCAAGCAGGCUGUCGCGGAGAACUCAGCUGGGGAAAGUUAG